AUGAAACAGGCCACCGCGCACACCAAAUCUACCGUUCAGCUGGAUAUCAUUGUUGUAGGCGCUGGCUUGAGCGGCCUGGCGACUGCAGUGGCAGCUGCACUGUCAGGACAUCGAGUAACGGUAUUUGAAUCGGCAAAGGAACUUCUUGAGUGGCAGAGAGGUAUUGAGAUCGUGUCACAGGUUGGAGCGGGACUACAAGUGACGCCGAACUCCACUCGUAUUCUUCAGAAAUGGGGUCUGUCCGACAGACUUUGGAAUUCUGCAUCUAGGCCAACAGACUUAAUUGUUCAUCGGUAUUCGGGAGAAAUCCUUGCCAAAGAAGAAAACUUCAAUAGAAACAUCCGCGCCAAGUACCAAGCGCCCUUCCUCGGCUUGCACCGUGUCGACCUUCAGCUUUCACUUUACGAACGCGCCAAGGAGCUCGGUAUUAAUUUUAAGCUCGGCGAAAAGGUCGAUAGCAUCGACUUCGACAUCCCGGAGCUCACAACACAAUCUGGAGUCAAGGCUAGAGCAGACCUCAUCGUCGCCGCAGACGGGCUGUGGUCACGUUCUCGCGCAUGCUUUCUGAAGAAGGACGAUCCGCCACUGGCGACAGGCGACCUGGCGUACCGCGUAGUUCUCCAUAUUGAUAAGAUUACAGACCCCGAGUUGAGAGAAUGGAUCUUGAAUCCACAAGUACAUUUCUGGAUUGGACCCGGCGCGCAUUGUGUUGGGUAUUCGAUGAGAGCCGAGAAGAUGUAUAACCUCGUACUGUUAGCGCCUGACGAUCUACCCAAUGGCGUAAGCCGACAAGCAGGAACCGUCGAGGACUUGAAGGCCCGGUUCAAAGAAUGGGACCCAAUCUUGAGGAAACUCAUCGACGCAGUCGACACUGUUGAAAAGUGGAAACUGAUGCACAGAGAGGAGAUGAGUUCUUGGGUGAACGAGAAGUCCAACUUCGUGUUUGUUGGGGACGCAUGCCACCCAAUGCUACCAUACCUCGCUCAAGGUGCCAACUCAGCCGUAGAAGAUGGUGCUGUGCUGGGCUUACUUCUUGGCCACCUCACAUCCAAGACACAGCUACCAGCAGCUUUAAGACUGUACGAGAGAUUACGUAAAGCGAGAGGAGAAUCCAUUGUCAGAGAAACGUUCAAACAGCGCCACGAUUUCCAUUUGGACGAUGGCCCCGAACAGGAAGCCCGAGACCAGGUCUUUAUAUCUCAACUAGGAAAAAAGCUGAAGGGACCGUUUCCCAGUAGAUGGACUUGCCCCGAGGUUCAGCCUUGGCUGUAUGGCUAUGACGUAUACAAGGAGGUCGAAGAAGCCAUGAAGAAUGAUCCGUUCAGCAGGCCAAACUUGUAG